GGCAACAAAUUAGGUUCUCGAGCUCAAUAAACAUGGCGUAUAAACAGUUUUGACAAAGAAUUAGAUCUUAUAAACUCUAUUAUUAUUAAAAUGGAAAGCGAUUUGUGUUUAGAUGAUGCCGACGGCGGUGAUUAUAAUGAUGUUGAGAAAUUAACCGUUGAAGACAGACGUAAAGUUGGUGGAAUAGAUGGAUUUUCAGGAGCCAACACAAGUGACAGUCAUGGAUUAGAAGGUUCUGGUGAUGACAAUGUUUUGGAAUGUCCAGUGUGCCUUCAGACUUGUAUCUAUCCUGUACAGCUUCCCUGUCGCCAUAUUUUUUGUUUUUUGUGUGUGAAGGGAGUUGCCAACAGAAGCAAGAGAUGUGCACUGUGUAGACAGCAAAUUCCUCCAGAUUUUUUCUGUAGACCAAAUCUGGUUAGGCGGGAUGAUCUUGAACAGCCAGUUACUUUUGAUGAUGGUUACAGCUGGUUUUAUGAGGGAGUUAAUGGCUGGUGGCAGUAUGAUGAUCGAACGUCUAAAGAGCUUGAAGGGCAUCAUAAGGCUGGUCAUCCUUCUUGUGAACUUCUCAUUGCUGGCUAUGUCUAUAUCAUUGACUUAACUAAUAUGGUACAGUGUCGAAGAAAUGACCGCACCAGAAAGCGCAGGAUUAAACGUGAUCUUGUCAAUUUGGCGGGGCGCAAAGGUGUGGCUGGCUUAAAAAUUCCUUGUGAGACUCCGGGCAUUGACUCAGAUCGUCCUGGAGCAGAAGGCCAUGAAAAUGCUAGUGGGUUAAGUACAACACUACGCCGCCCUAUACCCAUACAGCAAGUUGAUAGAUCUGGUGAUCAUCAGUCAUUAUCACCCCCAACUCCCAAUAAUACUCCUCAGACACCUAUGACCCCAUCAGAAAGUCCUCCUAACUCUGCUACCACAGAACGAGACCUUUCAGUGCACCUAGAACGCCUCAGACUUGUAGACAGCUCAUCACUUUCUAUUAGUCCACAAGGUGGCUCCACUGACUCAAGUCGUGGUUAUGACACACCUGAACAGCUGAGUACAUCUCUUGAAGAUGCAACAAGGCUUGAGAAUGUCAGAGCUAGUCUUCAACAGCUUCAGUCACAGAGCUCUCUAAGAGGUAGAAACAUUGAUUUAGAUGAUACUGAAGGAGGCAAUAACUCUGAUUGUGAUACCAGUGUUGUCCAUGUCUAAAGUGACUCUAAAAGAAACUGAAGUGAAAAACAUUUUUUUAAAGAUGAAAUGCUGUUGUUUUUUGUUUUUUUUUUCAGACUGGGUUGAUUUAAACAUUAUGUGGGUCUGUGAACUGUUUAUUAUCAGUACCUUUAUUUUUUCAUUUGAAUACCUAAAUUAAGUAAAGUAAUACAUAUAUAGUCAUUAUAGUCAUAAAUAUUUUGGAGGUGGGGGGGGGGGGGGGCGCUUCAUUUUUAAUUACUUGUAUUGAUAAAUGUUAAUAAUAAUAAUAAGGCUUGUCUUCGAGUCCGAAGAUUAAUGAGGAAUGCAGUAUUUCCCAUGAAUAAAUGUUAAUAAUGAGAGGAUAAUACACAAUCCAUUGCUAUUAUAUUUGCUUUUUUUUUUAUCUGGUUAGGCGAUUUUUGUUUUCAUUUAAAUAAUCUAAUGAUAUCAGUUAUGCUAAAAAAAAUCUUAGUGUGUUUAAGUUGGUAAAGUUAACCCAAGCAUUUGCAACAUAAAUUAUAAUUCAUAAAGUUUUUUAGCAUUAUGUAUUACUGAUUUGUAACAAGUUUUUUCCUGUUUUAUAUAGAAGUUAAUAAUUGUACCAAAAUUACCAUUAUUCCAAAUUAUGUCAAACUUUUUAAAAUAGCGCACCCAUUAAAAAGACCUUCCUCUUUAUCUUACCUUUUUUAUUUUGAAUGUAAUGUUUUUUAUGAUGAGGUUUUUAGGCGAAUAUGAUUGAAAAUCACAAUUACAGAUUGGUUAUAUGAUAUGAUGUAGACUUGUUUGAACUCUUCUUUAAUUAACAUUAUUAAAGACUCAGAAGAUUAACAGCAAUAGGGGAAAAUUAUGGAUAUGUUACUUCUUUAAUUGUUUGGAAUUAGUAACUGCAUAUAUAUAUAUAUAUAUAUAUAUAUAUAUAUAUAUAUAUAUAUAUAUAUAUAUAUAUAUAUAUAUAUAUAUAUAUAUAUAUAUAUAUAUAAAUACAAGAAAAGUAAUAAUUUUUUCAAAAAGUUGCCGGUACACCGUACAAUUACAAAAAGAGCCCUGUAUAUAUAUAUAUAUAUAUAUAUAUAUAUAUAUAUAUAUAUAUAUAUAUAUAUAUAUAUAUAUAUAUAUUUUGCACUGAACAAAAAUAACAUUAAAUCUGCAACCUGACUCUGAAUUUAAGAAUGGGAGACACUCUUGCACUUUGUAUACCAGUAGUGCUUUUCUCUGUAUUGUAAGAUUUUUUUUUACCAAUGUAUGACACUUAAAAGAUUGGUAUCAUUCAAGUGUCAUACAAAAAAAAAAUACAAUAUUUCCAAAGAAAUGAACUACAUUUAUUUCUAGAAUUAAAAUUGAGUUUUCUUUGGUUAACAAUUUUUCUUUUACAAAACUACUUAAAUUGAAAAUUUAAUGUUUCUAAAUUUCUAAUUUUUAAAAUUUGUUUGGUUUUGUGCCGUUUGACAUAUAUUAUAUAUAGGCCUACACCAGUAUUUCAUUGUAUGCAUACAAUGUAUUAAUAUUAAAAUAUAUGUGUCUAAGUGGCACAAACCUCUUCACUACAUAUCUGGGGGCUCCUGUUUAAAUCCCAACUCGAGCCGGGUAGUAUUUGGUUAGGGCUUACAAGCACAGAAACAUACUCCCAGAACCCCACCCCCCUUUCCACAAGAGAUGAGACUACAGUGUACUGAGCAUGAUUUAGUAUGAAAGAUAUGCUAUACCAAAGUAAUUGAAAUAAAACCAAAACGAGCCAACCCGCAGUGUAGCAUAUGCACCCCCCCCCUCUUUUUUUCUGAGCCUUGCUCUCUGUCACCACGAAUGUUACAUGGUAUAACUCUAGUCCGACUUUCAAAAAUAAAAGAGUUAUCUUUCCAUGAUGUUUUUCACAGUGGUGUUCUGUAUGGUUGGGCCACGAAGAGAAUUAUAUAUAUAAUAAAUAGAAUAGAUAGAUGACCAACAACUUUGACAUUAUACACUAUGCCUAUUUACUUGGUUAAAAUACUGGAAACUCUUGAUUAUGGAACUAACUACAUAUUGUCAUUGGAAACUAUGGGAAUGUUGGAUCAUCAUUCAUCUCUGUUGUGUAUUAUUGCAGUGAUUUCUGUUUUGUAUUAAAUAAUGAGACAAGUGUGUUAAAAAAAAUCAAGGCUGUUUAUUUUUUUUAAGCAUCUUUUGCUUUUGUGAUUAUAUUUUUCCUAUUCUAGUAAUUUUGUAAUUCUUUUUUUUUUUUUUUUUUAACAGUAAAUUGAAAAGAAAGGAACCAUUUCAAAUGCCAUAUUUACUGUUCAAAAAAUCUACAAUGCUCAUUUCAUUUCUCUUGCUAUUAAAAGAUUUUGUAAAAACCAAA